AUGAAGUUCUCCAUCAGCAUAUGUCUCGCGGCACUCCUCACCGCAGCGACUGCUCUCCCCUCUUCCCUCCAGGAGCGUGAAUGCAAAACCAUCAACGGCUGCAACUCAUGUUCAGUGACCCCCAACACGUGCCCCGAAUGUAUCAGAUGCUGCUUCGACACCUGCAGCGGCGGAACCGACAGUCCCAACUUCAAAGCGUGUUAUGAGAGGACUUGCCUGAACAGCCCGGGUGGUUUGGGAACCUCUGAGUGUACCUGCUGA